GCCAUCAGCUAAGAAGCAGGGUAGUACGGUGUAUCCUGCAACGCGCAAAUAAUAUAUUAAAUAUAUAUUUUCAAUAAAUAUGUUCCAAAUAAGUAGAAAUUUACAAAAACAAUUCUAACAGUGAUAUACAUAUAUAUUUCCUCGUUUUUUCUCAUUUUCUACAAAUUAUUAAUAUUUUCACUAAUCAAUCGUACAACUGCAAUCGAAUCAAAUCGAAGAAUCCUUGUACAAAUACCGACUUGAACGGGGAAACGACAAUUGAAAGAAAAAAUUCAAGUGUGAAAAAUGUCUAUGCACGCAGAAGUUAAGUGGACUUAAAGUAUCUCAUUGCGUAUAGAUAUCGAAUGUUGAAUAUGAAAUUUUUUCUAUUGCCAAGGAAUUGUGUGUGCUGGCUAUAAUAUAAAAUGUUUGGAGUGCAAAUUGCUAUAAAUUACAUUAAGUGAAUCAAAUAAAAGAGGCAUCCAUUUUUGGUUUAGUUUUAUGAAUAAUUUAGCUGAUGUACUUCAUAUGAAAACAAUGAACGAGUUUUCUUCCGACAAAAUGCGUAUAUUUUACAUAAAAUAAAUUAUAUAAUUAUGGAGCAAAUAAAGGUAUAGAUGUGAACGGCCUCAAACUUCGUAUUCGCUUUUUUAGUUCAACUCGCAGUCAUAUUUCCGUCCUGGACUUAUGUAAAACGUUCGGAGACAGUCUGAAUUUCGAAAACUGAAAAGUAUUUUACGAAAAACUGCGUCUACGUGUACUUAUCAAUUCAAACAUUAAGAGUGCCUAUCAAAAUGCAAGUUUCUAAUAAAUUACAACUUGCGCAAAAAAUUGAAAGUAAAUUUGAAAUACCAAUAAAAUUGCAAAGAAAAAAAACACUGCAUGCGAAAAAAUGUAUGAGGCUAUGAAAGGUGAAAUUGAAAAAAUUUCUAACCUUAUACACAUCUGUAGUUUAAGUUACUAAGUCGCCGCAAAUUGUCAAAGAAAAAAAAAACUAAACAAAGGAGAAAAAUUCAUAUUCCUUCGCCGUAACUUUCUAAUUUCUAUUCAUUCUAUACAACAUCGACGACGACGGCUACGUUGAAUUAUAUAAAAUUUUGUGGAUAUACGGAUUUUCAUAUUUAGGCGCUGUUCGUUUUAUGUUCGUUUGCAGUUCGUCUCGUUUUCGAUUCGCUUCGAGUUUUGCUUUCGGCUCUGCGUCUCGUAGUUUCGCUGUCGCCUUACGCUUUUCGCCUGGCGGUUGUAGUUGCCUUUGUUACGUUCGUCAGUACUUUGGUGUUUCGUCUUGUCCUUACCCCGGACGUAUCUCCCACCUUUAUUGAAUUCCUUUCAAAAUGAGCUAAACAUUUCGGUAUCGGAUCACAAGAAUACCGACGGGCGAGUUGUGGCGCGGUGCAAUGCAUUGGAAUGAACUGAACUAAGCUGAGCUGAAUUGAGUUAAACAGUCGGAGAAUGUCGACGAGCAUCGCGUAUCGAUGAGAAUCCAUGUGUUUCCUUGUAUCGAGUCUCAGUGCGUAUAAUUAAAACCAAUUUGCUCGCCAUAGUUCUAAUAAAUGAAGAGAAAAAUACGCUCUCCUCACAUACGAUUACAAGUUGCAAAAGUGUAUCUAAAACCAAUUGGAAACGAAAAUGGGAAAAAUGCGUCGUGUCAAAGAGAAAAUAAUAAUGGAUUUAAAUGCAAAUAUAAAAAAAUAUAUCUAACUGUUUUAUUUGUGCUCAAUAAAGUAUCGUCCUCAAUUGAUAAUACAUUGUUUGUGAGCAUUCAAGAUUCAUAUUUCAUAUGCAUCUAAGCUGAGCUGAGUCGAGCUGAGCUUUGCAGGUGGCUUACUUCAACACAAAACAAAAACAACAGCAAAAAAAAAAAAUGAAACGCUUCCCAAAAUAUUCUAACGAAAGAGUGUUUGUGAGCAUUGAAUAUGCCAUGUAAUUUCAAGGUUAAUCGCGUUUACAAGGGAACUAAAUAUGAGCAUAGUGCGUUGUCUGCCUGAACUAUUUGUAGGAACAUGCAGACAUAAUUCCGCUUCUCCUUCAAACACAAUUCAUUUCUUAAUUGCCUGCAGUUUCUAAUUUGGGGUACCUAUCAUCGAUCGACUCGUCUUCGUUUCACCCGCAAUAUUGUUGUAUGUUUUUGUUACCGUCGUUGUUAUUGCUACAUAUCAUCGCCAUCGCAUUACAUUUAGCAGCGAUAAAUUUGGAUUUUCAUCCCGUGUAGUGACACCGUACUGCGCGCUUUUUACAUUGAAACCUCGCUUUUGCCAUGUAUCCGCUUCAGUAUCCUAUGGAUUUUAAGUCGUGGUCACAGCAUGCUGAGAAUUGCUGGUAAAAUCGUUAACAGCUUUUGAUGCUUUUGGUGGGAAUAAUAAACACCGGUACUAACUGCAAUUAUUCGCAUAACAAAGGUCGAAGUUUGCCCACAACUAAACUCUUCGGAUUGGCAUCAAAUAUCAAAAUAACGCUCUAGCUUAAUUUAAUUUGUACAAACACAUUGACAUAUAUAUAUAUAUAUAUAUGCGUAUAUAUAUAUAUACAUUUAUAUACAUAAAUCACGUUAUAUACAUAAAUAUAUAGCGCAGUAAAAAUAUUUGAGAGAAGCGCGAAAAUUGAAACUAUUUGUCACAAAGUACUGUUAUCAAAAUAAUUUAUAAAAUAUGAUGGGGCCAUGAGCCCAUCAUUAUCUAAAUUAAAUUGGAGUCGCAAGCGCGUCUCAAGCGGGCCUGCACCAUGCUAGCACCGCCGAACCCGAGGUCAAUAUGCGGCCAGGACCCGGGCUGGUCGUGAUGGCGCUUGCGUUUAUUUCGGGGGCUCGGCGUGGCAGCACCAGCACCAGUUCAAAAUCAUCUUCAUCGACCACAUCACCAUCGUCACCAUCGGCUUUUUUCACCACUACUACUUCGGACACCAGCUUCGAACCAACGACACCUUCUCUACUGUUUCCGGAAUAUCUCGGUGGAGGUGGCGUCCUAACAGCAGAUACUAAAACAUUGCCAAACCAUCCUCAAAAAGAAACGGGAGGAAAAACCUAUCGUAUAGGCGAUUACAAUUAUAUAUACAACAGCUUAUUUUAUUUGCCCCCCUUUGUACCGCCGAGACAUAAAAUAAUCCAAGACGAUCUACACCUACGGUUGGAAACACUUUCCGGUUUAAAAUCGAAUUCACGUGCCACCAGGCAAACGAGAAUAAUACACAACAAAAACGCAGGCGAAAGAAAUCAAAACGCGGAAAGCGACGGCGGCGAAGGUGUCACCGCUGACAUCAGUGUUGGCGAUAGCGUGAACAAAGAAGGAAGCACUGUUGGGUCCGAAAGCGGUAGUGGGUAUGAACUUGAGGACGGCAUAAUUAGUGUGGAGGACAAGAACAGUGAAGGCAUCACAGCUGCUGGUACUAGUGUCAGUGGGGAUUCCGAAGCACUUCCUGUACAAUUCCCUUCCAAUUCAGCAGACGCAUCGCGAUCCUUCGAUGAGGACGAUAUAUUAGCCUUGGUUGCCGAGGACGAUCUUCUGUCAGAAGAGUCGUUUGAUCGACUAACGAAAUUUACCGAUGACAAAAUUGGUUAUGUUAUUGUGGAUGAUUACGAUGCGGCAAGCGAAGACUCAACGAGUGGUGUGAGUGAGAGCUCGUUAGCUAGUGCUGUUGAUAACCAACAACAAGACCCGCAGGACGAUAAUUAUACUGCCAACGAAAGAAAUAUUGGCAAUGAGAAUGGUAGCGGAGAAACUGCUGAAUUCCAAAAUGAGCAAAAAUAUACAAAUGGAAAAGAUAAAGACAAAGUUGUUGUAAAGGGAAACAAUAACCAAAACAUAAAAGAAAAAGUGUUUGCGAAAAGUAUAGAAAACAGCCAUGAUAGUUUAACGGCAGUUGCCGACAUUUCGUUUGUAGCUGCGAUUAGUGAGAAUGGUUUGAGCCACACUUUUGCGACGGACAGUGACAACAGUGUUCGAAAUACCAAAUGGUUGAUAUUCGAAAGCGAGUCACCGUUGACUCGACUCAAUCCCUGGAUAUCAGCCUGUGAUCUAGCACAACCCGGUGGUACAGCGCCAGAUUUACAGGGUCAAUGCUCCGCUGGCACAUUGCCUGUGGCAUGGGUCGAUGAAGGUCCCGGCCCCCCAGCUUGUCCCAUUUCAUGUGAAAGAUUAAAAUCAAGUAUAUUUAAUAAUAAUUUUAAUACAAAAUCUAACAAUAAUAACAGUAAUUUAAAAAGAAAUUAUAAAGUUAAUCUUAAGACAUCUACUGAUAACCAUCACCAAAGCGGAAAAAUGCUGAAAGUGCGUCGGGAUUUGAACCCCUGGAAAGGCAACGACAGCACUGAAAUCUCAAAUGGUGAUCAAGGUUUAUUUGGCACAGGAAUAAUGGAACAGUCCAGAAAAAAAGUGAGGAAUGCGGCAUCUACUUCCUUAGUUCGAAUGAAGCCUUUCCAAGCUCAACAAUACGAUAAUAUGGCGAUUGCACUCGCCCUCGCCAGCAGCAAUCGACAGCAUCAGACCAACAAUAACAUUGUGAAAAUCAAUACGAAUCAGGCUGAGUCUAGGAUGCCAUAUGAAUAUUCCGACUAUAUAAAUUUCGGUUCGAAAUACGAAAGUAACACUGGCCGUACGUACAACAACAACAACAACAAGCAAAAGAAACAAUAUCCCGGUUAUAGAGAGCAACAACAACAGCAACAACAACCACCACUGCAACAACAAAAGCAACAUCAACAGAAAGAACAACAGUGCCUUGAUUACUUGGGCGAUACGGAGGAGACGAGUCCGGCGCACUUGUGUACAUUUAAAUCGCCCGGCGAAUUGGCAGCUCGGCUACGUUCGCUACGUCUUCACCAUUGCUGCGAGCGUAAUGUCUUCAGCGCCUUACACACUGUCGCAUUAAAUGCCACCCUAAGCGGCGGCGUGGAGUGUGUUCGCAUUCUUAUGGAUGUCAUGGACUUGGAUGUGCUGGCCACCCGCAUCACUUGCGAACUAGCAGAAAUACUUUUUCGCUUCGAUUGCCGACAGGUGUAUUCACAGAUUCACCAGUGUGACGAUUGCAAAGAGGCCUACCGGCGUUGGGUUUGUAGUACUUUGGUUCCGUAUUUUGCUGAGGAAAGCGACAUUUCUGUAUCCCCAAGCAACAACUACAACAAUAAUAAUAAUAAUCGUAACAACAGUAAAACCGACAACCGAACUAACAGCACAAGCACAAAAAAUAGUGAUAAAUCGAUAAUUAAUGUUGUCACCAGCAAUAAAACUGGCCGAUUAUUUCCUAAUGAAAACAACAAUAAUAAAUUACACGAUGCUGUAGAUGCUAUUGAGGAGGCAACACAACGAACCAAACGCCAACUCAGCCAUAACAUAACGAUUUCUAAUCCUUCCCCGCCUAACAGCGACGUGGCCAACAAUGGCGAAACGUCAGCCGUUUUGAAACGGAGUAAACGAAACUUGGAUGGCCGAUGCAAUCGGCAUCAACAGCAGCAGCAACAACAAGAAUGGCGGCAGGAGCAACAAAAACAUCCAAAACAAUCGAAACAAUCCAAUAUCUUCAUAUCGACUGCCAUUAAUGCGGAUCCAUGUACUGAGGAUCCAGUGAUAUCAAAAAUAAUUAAACGAUCUAAACGAAAGGUGCAAUUUCGAAAGCGGAGAAGAAUACGACCUUGCCUAAGUGUCUGCCAAACUGUUGAGCAGAAGUGCCCAUAUCUGCUCCCAGCUGAUCGAGCUCCAGCGCUGCCAACACAAUACGCCGGCGAACCAACAUUCCUUUGCUUGGAUCAAAGCAUCCCAGAAACCGGCGAGCAAUUGCGUAAAUCAACCUAUGGACCAUCGGAAUGCUGCUAUAGCUAUUGCGAGAAUAUUGCGGAAGGAAUUUGCGCCUACUGCAAUGAUUUUAUACAUGACGCAAUAGAUGUGAGUAUUCCGGCUGGAAAUUCAACGCGACGUUUACACAAUAUCACUCUAACGGCGACGAGUCCGUAUCGCCUGGAUACUCGCCUAGAAGCAUCACUGGCAAACGACUCGACGAACAAACUUGCUGCCAGCAUAUCGAUUGCAUUAACUAAUAGCUCAACAACCGCCGUGGGUAGUCAAAUCGAUCGCUUGCCAUACUAUGCCCUCUAUGAUGGUAUUUAUUAUUACGAUGAAAACACGGCCGAUAUGCCUGAAGCAGCAAUGUCGGACGAUUGCCCACCAGUACCGUCUGUGACAAGUCGCUGCUCGAUACCGUACUACGCCUCAUCGGCGGCGGCACUGCGCACACAACAAAAGACAGUACCCAACGACAUGAUCGGCCACCACAUGUUACUGCUGCUCAGUGCAAUGCUUUGUCUACUAACCAGUCAAUCCGCUGCAAUGCAGCUAAAAAACGAGACGCACCCGAAUCAAAAACAACUUCGCAAGUACAUGAUCCAUAGCACGAAACCUGCAAAUAUCAAUGGACUGUCAACAGAGGCGGAGCAUAGUGAUUCGGCUGCGUUGUAUGUGGUAAAAAAAUCCGUUUACUUGGUACUUCGCAGAACCGAAUAUCUACAGCAACUGAGGGGAGCAGAAGACUCCACCAUUGAACGAAUAGCUGGGAAAAGUACAGGAUGCAGCAGUUCGAGUGAAAACCCCACAAGGUCCACUAUCUUCUCCACAUUUACAGUAUGCACCUACUAUUUUAGUAGAGGUAUUUAUGAAAGUAGUAGCAACCGUCAUUGCGUCCAGAAUUGUGGUGGACGAGUACAUUGUUAUUUGGAGGAAAACUUUAGUCGAAGCAGAAGUAGGAGCAGAAGUCGAAACAAAACCAAUGAUAGAAAAGGAAGUCGAAAUUUGAAUAGGAAUCGAAGUCGAAAUCGAAAUCGAAAUAGACCCGUAAGCGGUAAUGAAAUAGUAAAUGGGAAAAUAUUUUGGGAAAGAAACACGAUUAGCCAAGUAUGUAGUGUACUAAAGGAAUCAAAUAAAACAAAAAUUAGUCCUACUGAAUAUAGCGGCUCAGUACGGUAUAAAUACGUUGGGAUGAAUAUAGGAAAUAAUAAUAAAAUUACUUAUAGAUUAAAUAGCCAAUUGUAUUUUAAUAGUAAAACUAAAAUCUAUCGUAGCAAAAAGUGUAGUAAAUUUAGAAAUUUUAAUAUUGCUACCAACACUGACUAUAACAGAAAUCAUACAAAUGAAAUAAUUAACACAACAACAUCAAAUACAAAUAAAUAUUCUUAUAAAUAUAAUUACAACAAUAAUAAUAAUAAUAACAUUAAUAAUAAGAGCAUUGACAGAUUUAAGUCGUAUUAUGCGGAAAGAAAUUGUCAGUUCAUUUACUACUAUAAUUUCAAUAUUAAUGAUUGGUGGCGGCGAUGGUGGUGGUGUCCGUGGUCAUGGUUCACCCAACCACGAUCCCUCGUUAUAUUAUAGUUUGCCGCGAUUUAAUUACCUUUACCGCAGUAACAACAUUAGGACGAAACUGAUUAAAUACAUAUUUUUUUGUUUUUCAUAUAAACAAUCCCGCCAUACUUAUUUUGGAAAUAGUGAAAAAACGAAACUUUUCGUUAAGCUAUAAAGCUUUCAGUUGAGUGCGUUUCGAAGUCCUUUCAGCACUUUGUGAACAGAAACGCACCUAGAAAUAGUACAAUCAUCCAAAUAUAGGUUUAUUUGGCUACUUUUCCAGUAAAUAUUAUCCAGCACCGAAAUUCUGGCGAAGUGCCAACUAAUCCUCAGCCAAACGGGAAAAAGUAUUCAAAAUAGUAAACCAACAAAAAACUAGCAACAACUUUCACGUUUCACGGUCAGCUAUUAACAUUGAAAACUGAAAGAGAGCUGAGUAAAAUGAAAAAUAUAGUUAAAUUGUGUUCUCCAGAUUUAGAUUUACUUACUUUUUCCAUAUCUGUUUUUUUUUUAUAUUUACUUUUUACAAAGCUUCCAUAAUACAAAUUUUCUGAUUUACUAUAAAGAAAUUGUAACCAGCUGUGCUCGAUUCGCUGCUCUUCCUACCAGAAAAUUGCUGCUGGUAAAAAUUGUUUCAGCAGAAACUAUUACCUUCCCCUCAGAAUGAAAUGUCAGUUUGCUCUCUCAAAUUCCCCUACUUUGCUAGAGUUUUGCGUACGUGCACGCCAACUUAGGUGUAUGAAUUCAACUCAUAAUUGUAUGUGUCAGGAGGCGCUAGCAGUUUAGGUGCACACCUAAACUCUGGAAUAUGAAUUGCCCCAGAAAAACACAUGUUUUCCAUAACGAAAGUAUUUGCAACUUUUAACACUAAGGCAAAUAUACCAACUAAUUUCAACCGUACUCUAAAUUAGAGCUCUAAAUUUUGCACGCACAUUUUCGAACAGCCUGGGCGUAUGAGCAACGAAAACCGAGUAUUGAUUACUUGGCUUUUUUGUCAGCAUUUGUUUUUUUAAUCUUACAAUUAUUGAUAUACAGCGCUAAAAUCGUUGUAAAACUAAAAAAAUGCAGAUUUAUAAAAUUGUCUAUUUUUGUUUAGUUGCUCAAAUGUGCGAAAAUUUUGGACAAACAUUUGAGCAGUUGAGUUAGUGAAUGAAAUUCGACCGAGCUUAGCGCUGCUGUUGUUGUUGUUGUUGUAGCAGCAUAAACAUUUCCCGUGCAUAUGCGAGGAAUGCUGCUGAAGUGACAGUCCUUCGCCGGAUAUAAAUCCGGGUCGUUCCGGUUACGAAGAACCGACUGUCGUGGGAACGAUUUUAGAGCUGCUCGCACUACUCGGUGCUCAGGUAUCUACAGUUUUACUCUAAAACUAUCAAAUUUCAACGUGAUUUAUUUUCAUUACUAGUAACUUGGCAAAAUGUUGCUUGUUCAUCUAGUUACUAAUAGUGCUUCUAACCUUUUCCACAAACGCAUUUUAGAUCAAAUAUCAAAUGUAUUUCGUUGAUUCAAAUUGCCUCUCAAAAACACCUUAAUGUUGCUCAGAACACUACUUUUACAAUAUUUUUCAUUAUUAUAUUUCUGAAGAGGUUUGUCGAUAUUCUAUUUUCUGCUGCUAUUAUUGUUGUUGUCAUUGUAGCAGCAUAAACAUUCCCUAUACAUUUGCAGGGAAUGCUGCUGGAGUGACAGUCCUUGGCCGGUUACAAGUCCGGGUCGUUCGUUUUUCUUCCGCCAAAACACUCCCACUUCAGUAGAUGUUAGAGGAUUAAAAUCUACUAUGAAAAAAUCUUCUUUAAGUUCUACUGUAUAUGCCUGAGCACAGAAAUUUUAUUUGAAUAUUUUCAAUAAAUUAAUUGCACGUUUGGACGAAAUAUUAAAAUUUAACCGCCCAUGAACGCCCUUAAACGCCCACUUUUACUUCUGCGGUUAUUAGCACUUGUUUGUCCACUGAGAGACCACUGUCGUACAAUGUGAUCAACAACAUAUUCCUUGCAAUGUAUUCUAGGUACACUUCAGAGCACAAGUCCAUGGAAAACCAGAAACAAAAAUUUUGAAAUAUCUCAGUUUUUCGGUUACCGUUCUAAUUUCUACAACUCAGCAUUGUUCAUGGAAAAAACGAGCACAAUUGCUUCUUACUCACUUGCCCCUCGAACGCAUACUCCUUAUAGUACUACCCAUACUUCACCACUUGUUUCGUUGAAUUUCCGUUCUUCUCCAGCUCCUAUAAUUAUUAUUAUUGUUUGAGAGGAGUACAUUUGAGAGCAUAAAUUACGGAUUGUAAAUAAAAAAAUUUCAAACAUAAUAAUUUUACGAACUUCAAAACAUUCUUUCAAGGCGAGUUGCUUUUUUACUUAUAUAUGUACAUACUUACAUACAUAUAUGUAUUUAUCACAAAUAAUGCAAAAUUAACACAUCUGAUUUUAAAAUCGUCAAUCAUGUAUAUGUAUAUGUAUAUGUAUGUGUGUAUAUAUGGCCACAAUAUCGUCAACGCAUCGUAGGUUUGAAAGCAAAUUGAGUAUAUGUACAUAUAGAUGUAAAUGAAUGACAACAUACAUACACAUAUGGUAAAGCAAAAAUAAAAAAAAGGGUUCUUUAACAAGAAAACAGAAAUUUCACACGCAAAAUAAAACAUAUUUUAUUACAGUUAGAGAUAAAAUGAACAGGUUAAAUUAAUAAUAAUAUUUAAACAAAAAACUGCCACAAGUUUAGUUUUGUAGGUAAAGCCCUAUUAUAAAUACUUUAUUAAUAUAAAAUCAAACGUAAAAAUCCAAAUCAACUAGAAACAAACUAGAAGAAAAACUACUUGAAUUAAAUCUAAUUAAUUAAUUACAAGUAUCGUUAGCAACUAAAACCAAGUAGAUUAAAAACAAUUCAAACGCAAAUAGAACAAAACGAAUAUAUGUAUGUAUAUAAAAUAUAUGCAUACAUGCAAACAUUCAUAAGUAAAUUCAUGGUACAUUUAAAAUCAUUUCGCGAAUUUGGAGGCAGGCGCAGUGAAAAACUAACGAUUUUCCACUUUGGAAAUAAAGAAUGAAUGAUAUGCAUAUGUAUGUAGGUGCAUAUGUGCGAGAAUUUUUGUAUUAUUACUAAAGGAAAUUAACAAAAAUAUGCAAAACUAGUUUGCAUAUGAACCACCAGCAAAGGAAAGUAACGCAAAUGAAGCAAACAACUACGAGUAAAAUGUAACAACGGGUAGGUCUCUUUAAAUUAACACUAAAAGCCAAGUUAGUGGCCAUCAAAUUGUAGUUAAAACAAUGGCCAACGUACACACACCGUUGAUAAAACACGCAUGUAUAAAUGUGUGUGUGUGUGCUAAGUGCGGGUGGCCGACAAGCUAGAAUACGAUAAAUAGAUAAAUAAUAAAUAGACUCAAGCAAAAAACAAAGAAAAUAGUAAUAAAUAAUAAAGAAUAUUAUAAAUAAUAAAUAUGAGAACCAACAAAAAAAAAAUUAAAAAAAUAAAAAUAAUAAAAAACUAAAAGCAGAUAAAUAUAUACGAGUAUGAAGGACAUUUUCAUUUAGUUUUAAUCAAUAAAGCGCACAGUAAAAGUAUAAAUAAGAAUUCUUGAAAAGUAAAUAAAAUAAUAAUAAGAUUAAUUUUGUAACUAAACAUCGUCAAUCCCAAGCUAAACCAAAAAAAUAUAGAACAAUUUAUAAUUACAUAUAUACAUACAUAUAUACACAUAUAUAUACAUCAACAGCAUAGCAUCAAACAUAUGAGUGUACAGACAUGUAUGUGUAAGACCAAACAAGAGAGUAAGACGGAGAGACGGACCGCAAAGUACAUAAAGUGCAUACAUAUACAUGCACAUAUGUAAGUAUGCGCACGUGUAUGAGUAAUUAAAUAUUAAAUUAUAAAAUGAUAGGCAUUAGCAAUACCUCUAUUUAACAUUAUAAACAAACGAUUGUUAUUCGCUGCCGUUAUAUGUAUGUAUGUACCUCGAAUUUUUCCCCUACAUUCCCACAAAGUGAAUUACCGCAUAAAUGCACUAUGCAGACGUGUGUGUGUGGUAUGUGUGUAAGUAUGCGUAUGUAUUGCAACUCCACUCAAAUUAUUUUCUUACGACCCUCGUGUAUACCUUUCGAUUGCCUGCGUACUUACAUACAUAUACACACACACAUAGAUACAAGGCGCAUAAUCAUAGUCCCCAAAAUUGAAUUAAGAUUUUACAACCCGAAAUGUAUUGUAUUCAAAUGUUUAUUGCAAGCAAAGUGGCCUUGCCUACUGAUGCCCUUUUUUGUCUAGGGUUAGGGCAGAUUUUGCUCUAUUGGUAUUGAAGUUCAACAAAUUUUUGAAGUGAUUAAGGCCGUUGCGCCGUUCCAAUAUUUCCUGGUUUUUAUUUUGAUAUAAUUUUUAAUUUCCUGUUUUAGAUGGUUUUUGUUAAGGCUGAGAAAUGGCGUUGGUCCCACAAAUCACACUUCCGCCCCUUUCCGUUUUAGGCAUAAAAGUCUGUCUUCUCGUUUGCUUCGUGUCCCUCAUAUUCUGGUACCCGAUUCAGGGAGACCCGAUUAAGAGUCGCCUGUUUGUUGAAUGUAUUGUCAUACUCCAUAAGAACUUUUCAAUUGUACGUAAAGCUAGUUAAGGCUUUGAGGACUGAUUUGACUGUCCGAAAGUAUUUUAAUUUAUACUUUGUCAAACACUCUUUUCGGUACGAUUUCCACUGUUUCGAUUAUGCCGGAAAGUUCCGCAUGGAAAAUUGUUGUAUCUUUCCUCAGUGUUAAAGAUUUGUCUCCUCUAGUCCCCACCAUAGGCUACCGUUACGGUGCGACCCACGCUGAGUCCAUUUUUGUUUCCAAAAAUUAAUCAGCUAAACAGCGCCGACAACAAAACGGAGCAACUUGCCAUUCGGCGCGCUUAACAACCGAUUAAUUGCAAUAUCCAGGCCACCAUUGACGCCAUACGGCCAGAUUUAUUGGAAAAUUGGAACUGGAAUGACGAAAUCGCUCAUGGGACGUGCAACUAGCUCUUAAAAAGACACCCAAUAUAUGAGAUUAUACAUAUAUAAUGUAUGGAAACCUAAGUUAAUUAUUGGGAGAGAAAAAUUGUUUUUUUCCAGGAAUUUAGCAACAGGAGAGAAACUACACCCAGUUUUAACUCGGGACUAUAAUUAUGCGCCAAUACUGUACUUCUCUUCAAAAUUGAACCGUUUAAUAGUGUGAACUAAUGCCUGGGAUUAUUAAAACUUAUAUAUGUAUGUGUGUACGUAAAUAUGCAUACAUAUGUACACAUACGUACAAUUAUAAAAUGUGUCUAUGUAUUUGAGCCAAUAUUUUGUAUAUUUUCAUUGAAAGCCUUUGAAAUUGGCAUACUAGAACUGCUGGCAGUUUGAUAUGCCGACUCACUUAUAUAUGUAAUUUGUUGCCAUUAUCCACAUUUGUGUGUAUGGACUUACGUGUGUACAUACAUACAUACAAGCAUACAAACAUACAUGCACACAUAUAUCUAACUACUACUAUCAUUCGCAAUAGUGCACCGAAGCCUUCGCUGAUUCGAAUCAAAUCUGAAUGUAAAGGGCAAUACAUAGAACCCAAGCGUUUGAAAACUGACAUUUUUAAAACUGACGAAUUACUUUAUGAAGAAGGAACAUAGAUUAAACAUCUACAUAUACAUAGUAUGUAUGUAUGUGAAAUCGAAUAGCAUAUAAAGCAUGCCUAUACAUCUACAUAUACAUAGUAUGUAUGUAUGUGAAAUCGAAUAGCAUAUAAAGCAUGCCUAUAUGUAAUAGUUGUCACAGAAGUUUUGUUUGUUUCUUUCUUUGAUUGUGAGUGUAUAAAUAAUAUGUACGAGUACAAGCAUGCAUACAUACAUACAUACAUACAUGCUUACAUGCAUCGAUUUGAGCGAUCUGUACGCGUAUACAUACCCCCAUUGCAGAAGCUGUGGAGACCUUCCAGAGAAGGAUGUUGAGCACUUUCUCUGUUAACGUCUCCCAAAAACCUCGUGAAAAGAUUUGAAAUGAAUUGAAUGAUCAGUUCUUCACAAGAAGCAUAUACAAAAUUUAAUUUUCUAGCGCUCAUCUAUUUCGUGGCGAAACUUUGUUGCCGUUUUUGUUUGUUUUGAUAAUAAUCGUUAAAAAUAUCAAUUGUAAUUAUUUCUGCAUCAAAAAAUGAUAGCUAUACAAAUUUAUUAGUUGCCUUGUUAUAGACAAAGCAAGUGCUAAAUUUCAAAAAAUAUGUUUCAGUAAAAACAAAAUGUUUCUAUUAAAAUGAAAACAUUUGUAUUUUCUAAAUAUUUCCCUAUUUCUUUCGAAUAGAGGCCUCAUUUCAAUAGAGCAAAGAAAUAUUGGUCCAAUAUUUGCACGGCUGCAACAGUGACCGAUUUUUCAAGAGUCUCUCAGCAUAUCAUACAACUAGACACAACAAUUCACAACGCAAUUCUUCAACGAAACAACAAUACAAAUCAUUUUUCUCCAGCAGCAUAAACAUUCCCCAUACUUAUGAGGGGAAUGGUGCUGAAGUGACAGCACCGAUAUAAAUCCGGGUCGUUCCGUUUACGUUGAACCGACUGUCAUGGGAACAUAUUUUGCCCCACAUAUUUCUGUAUGGCGUAUUUCUGUGGCCAAGUAAACUUCAAGGUACUUAGAGAAUUGUAUGAAUAUCGUAUUAAAUGUACCAUCCAUUUGAAGUUAAGAGUACGCCCUCCAAUUUUGUUUCGAAUUUUUUCAAAAGAGCUGCGUUUUUUGUUGUUAUACUUUACUACGAACUCUGGCAUGCUAAAGUAUAUACGAAUUGUUUGCAAUAUAUCAGAUUUCGAAACUUUCUUUUAAGACUUUUCGGAGUCGAUUUGACUUCGAGAAAGAGCCAAAGUACGUCAAAAGAAAGAGAACUGCAAGUAAGAUAUACUUGCAAUAUGUAUGUUAGGACGAAUACAUUUUUUUCGGGAACGGUUCUAACAGUUUCGAAAUCUACUUAUGAUUCUAAGAAAAAAAGUCCAUUGGAGCAUAGCUCUGAAAUAUAUUUCGAUAUUUCCAAAUUAAAAAAAAAAACUAUCUUUACUUACGAAGCUAAUAUGAUGCUUUGUACUGACCACCCAAAGUAAUAUGAAUAUGAAUUUUAUUUAUAUGUUGUAUAAUAAAAACUUGUACUUGGAUAUUUGAAUUUUCAAAUAAUAUAUUUUUUAUAUAUAUUUCUUAUUUAAAGUACCCCAUAGUGGCGCUACAAAGCAAAUUACAAUACAUAUGUAAAUUUUUAAUAUUAUCAUAUGAUUGUAUAGAAAAAGUUCUCUAUAAAAACUAUCUACCGUUCGGAGGCGGUAUGCAACUGUUGAUUGCUCAAUUUGUGGAAUCACGUCAAGAUACACUCCAAAAAUAAGAGGAGAAGCAUGGGCAAGCACCUAACAAAGGUGUAAGUGCCAAUUAUAUAUAUAUAUAAUGGAAAAUCAACUAAAAAUUGCAAAAAACAAAGAACUAGUAACUUUUACAACACUUGAAAAAUAUAUAAAAAACUGUCUAAUCUUAUUUUUUUUGUUUUUUGUUUUUUGAAACUUAUUUUGUUAUUAUUUUAUCCUUUCUGCUUUCAACAGGUGGUGUAUUUUUUGUUUACUCUCUAUUUUUAUCACCGCAAUUCUUUCUCAAUUUGUAUAUCAAUUCAAGAUAGAUAGCUUUACCUUUUAAAAUUUCAAGCCAAUUUACACGACAACUUUUCAACCUGGUUUUUUGCCCCCUUUUUCUCUUUUAAAGAAGUUUUCGCAAAUCUUCGUGCAUUUACACGAUGACUUUUGGUUUGCGGCUUUCUUGCGUGUUUUUGACUUUUAAGUGGUCUUUGGUCAUUCGUUUGUUGAGCGCGAGGCCAAAGCUCAUUUGAAUAAAAAUAUGAAAAUGCCAAUAUGAUGAAAGCGAAAUGUCAAAAAAAAACUCCGAUUUCGCUGACCGUGCGUGCAUGCCUACUCUGUUGACUUCUCUUACACCACCAAGUUCGACACGCCUGGCUUUUCACCCAGGGUAAAUUGGUUUUAGGAGCUUUGCUUCAAUGGAUAUUGUUUCUUUGAAUUUAUUGCAGAAUCUGGAUUUGCUGGGAACGAUCUCUGGAAAAGUGGUUGCAUGCAAAUUGACCCCCUUAAUGUAUAUGCAUAUGUAGCCUUGACGUUGUCAUUAAGUUUAAAACGUUACUGAUUUUUCCAGUUAGUUGUUGUAAUUUUUGGUGAAUCAAAAUUAAAAGACGCCAGAUGCUUGGAAAUAUACCAAAACCCAUUAUUUUACUAUUACGUAACAAAUAAUAUAAGCAUUUCGAUUAACACAAAAAUCAUUGUGUGUAUGACGUUGUUUGUAUGUAUGUAUGCAUGUAUAAAAUCCUAAGUUUAUUUCAUAAAUAAUUUCAAUUGAUCGGACAUCUAUUUUAUAUAUUUAACCACUUCCGCAAUACUUCGAUGACCUAUAAAAUUAUUAAAUUAUAUUCAUGUUAGGAUUUGAACUACAGCAAAUCACUUUGAUGUCGAAUUUCCCCUUUCGAUUUCUCGUUUCGACUCGUUCAACGCAAAAUGUAAAACAACAAAAAGAGCUGAGCGCAUAAUGCGACGCGUUGAGAGCAGAGGUUCGAUGGAGCGAGAAUUUAAUAUAAAAUAAGAACAACUUGUUGCAAGAUACUUUUGUAUAACUUUUGAUAUAAUAUAGUUAACAUGAAUAGAUGCCUAAAUGAUAAAUUAAUGUUAAUUUAUUGUAUUUAAAUUAAAGAAAAAUAAUCAAUAAAAAGUCAAUGAGACAUAAAAAAACAGUUAUUAGCAACAAUAAGAAGCAAAAAGCGAAAUUCUAGGCGAUUAGAGUUAAAUGUGUAGAUGUGGAAAUAAUGGAGGGGUUAGCGAGAGAGUGGCUAGCUCUCGAAAUAAACAAAAAUGUCAACGAUUAGUUAAAUUACGAAAUGAAUUACUUUAAACAGAUUAAAAUUUACCUUGUGUACAAAAAACAAAAAAAAAAUAAGAUAGAACGGAAGAGUGUUGCCAAACAGGAACCACGAUUGGCGGACUACUAAAUUAUGAAAAACGAGAUGCAUAAGUAGUAGGUGAAGUGUUAACAGGAGUAAAGAUUGAAAAUGAAUAAUGAAUCUUAAUGAAAGAAUUUGUCGCUUUGCAAGCGAACGCAGAGUUGCAUUUUCGAAAAUAAACAAUAAUUUUUUAUAAUUCUGCCGGCAGUAGCUGCUGACAAUGUUAUUGCAUUGUAAUUGUAACAAUUAUUUUUUACAUAAAUUUUAUUUCAAGCUGAAACACACACACACACACACAUAUAUACAUAUAUGUACACAUACGCGCAGAUAAUUAUACACACAUACAUUAAAUAAAAACAUAAACCAUAAAACAUAAAACGAAAACGAAAACUAUCAAUAAGAUAAUUAACUGAAAUUGAAAUUGAAUAUAUCACAAAACUUGAUUAAUUGCAAUGCAGUUAGAGAUAAAUUAAAUUGCAAACAAAAUCGAUUUAGGCAUUAAACAAAACUUAAUAUGAAAUUCAAUUUUAUAUCCUUGCCAGAGGCGGGGCAACUAUCACAGGUCGAACAAUUUCAAGUUUUCAUCAAAAUUAAUUCACAACCCAACACAAAUACAGCAAUUAAUUAAUAAUCAUAUAACUGAAUAUAACACAAACAUAUAAUGACAUUUCGAUGGGAGACUUCGUAUAUUAAGAGGAAACGCAAUAAAAAGGAAUAAAAUAAAAUAAAAUUCAAAAAAUUAAAAAACAAAAAAUAAAAAUUAAAAGUUUGAAAAAAACACAAACUUGUAAACAUAAGAAGAAUUCAGUAAUUCGCGAAGGAAUACAUUUAUUUGAUUGUUAUGAACUUAGAGCAAAUGGAAAUUAACAAAAUAACAGAAUAACUGCAUACAUUAAUAAACCAAAAAUAUAAUAGUUAAAUAUAAACAAACAAAAAAACACAAAGUUGAAAUGGUGUAAUAAACAACGCGAGGUGAAACCCCAAAACACAUGAACUAAUUUAUAAGGUUAAUUAUAGAAGAAAACAACUGACAAAUUAAAUAAAUCGUAAAUGGACAAAACCAAUUGACAAAACAAAAGAAAAGAAAAACACCUAAAAUUAAAAAUUAAUAAAAAUAAUUAUUGUAUUGUAAAGUAAACGAUGAAAUAAGUAAAUUGUUGUUAUUGAAUGUAUUUGUAUAGAAAACUAUUAUGAUGAUGAAUUAUAAUAAUAAAUAAAUAAUUAUAAAUAAUAAUUAUUGUUCAGAAAAAAUAAAGCGCAUCAGCAAUUUGUUUCAUUAUAUUUCACCAGAUGCUACCCGUGGCCUCGCCGGCAAAGUAUUUUUAUGCAGCAUUACAAAAUUAGUGCCACCGCUUUUUUGUCUAACAAACAUUCUUCUUACCUUUAGCAAUAUAGAUUCAACCCAUACUUGGUAUUU